UUACCAUGCAAGGAGGGCUGGAACCUGGGGUCCCAGCCGCCUGCCCGGAGGAGUGCUUGGAGAAGCGUGACUUGAUCUCCCUCUUGUGGAAAAUUGCUGGAACUGAGUUUGUGCCGUAUUAAAAGAGGCAAAGAGCUGCAUCGACUGACAAAUGAUGGCAGAUGUCACCAUGACACCUGCCGCUCUUGGUGGCUCCCAAGGAGGCGAGGAGAUGGACUCCCUGAUCGUACUGCAUUACAAUUACACAGGAAAGCUUAUUCUAAGAGAAAAGGCAACUGAUAAGAUGGACCUGCCAACUAUUGCAUUUCUCGUCUUGUGUAGCUUUAUCGUCCUGGAAAACUUGAUGGUGUUGAUCGCCAUUUGGAAAAACAAUAAAUUUCACAACCGCAUGUACUUUUUUAUCGGCAAUCUAGCUCUCUGUGAUCUUCUAGCUGGGAUCGUUUACAAAGUAAACAUACUAAUGUCUGGGAAGAAAACUCUGAGCUUGUCCUCCACAAUCUGGUUCAUUAGGGAAGGCAGCAUGUUUGUUGCCCUAGGAGCUUCCACUUUCAGCUUAUUAGCCAUAGCUAUUGAGCGGCAUUUGACUAUGAUCAAAAUGAGGCCUUACGAUGCAAACAAGAAAUACCGAGUGUUCCUGCUCAUUGGAACAUGCUGGCUGAUCUCAGUCUCCUUGGGUGCUUUGCCCAUCCUUGGCUGGAACUGUAUAAACAACUUAUCAGAUUGCUCAACAAUUUUGCCUCUUUACUCCAAGAAGUAUGUUGUGUUCUGCAUAAGUAUCUUCAUAGCCAUUUUGGUAGCUAUUGUUAUCCUUUAUGCACGUAUCUACAUCCUGGUGAAGUCAAGCAGCCGCAAUGUCACUAACCACAAUAACUCCGAGCGCUCCAUGGCUCUCCUUAGGACGGUCGUGAUCGUCGUUGGUGUCUUCAUUGCUUGUUGGUCGCCUCUCUUUAUUCUGUUUCUUAUCGAUGUGGCCUGCAGGGUCAAGGAAUGCUCUGUCUUGUACAAAGCCAACUGGUUUAUUGCUUUGGCUGUCAUCAAUUCUGCAAUGAAUCCUAUCAUCUAUACCUUGGCCAGUAAGGAAAUGCGUCGGGCUUUUUUUCGCCUUGUUUGUGGAUGCCUGGUGAAAUCCCAAGUGGCCAGAUCUUUGCCUAUUCAGCCCACACCAGAUCAAAGUCGAAGUAAAUCCAGCAGCAGUAAUACCCAGAAACCAAAGGACGAUUUCCCACAGAUGAAUGUUCCCUCAUGUAUCAUUGAGAAAAAUGAAUCUUCAUUUCAGAACGGAAACUUCUGUAAAUAAGACUCCUCAAGACAUGGACUUUUCUGUGUUUUUUAGGAUUAAACUACAAUAGAGUUCCAAUGUUCAUGCACUUAAAUCAUAGGGGGAAACACUAAUGACUUAUUUAACUUUGAGGACUUAUUUAUCAGCAAUCAUUUGCGUUGGAUAUUCAUUCAACAACGCCUCUGACUGAGGA